GGACGUUCAACUCCAUUAACAGAGAGGCAGUGUUAAACAGGAUUCUGCAGCAGUUUACACGCAACUACUCAUUACUGAAUUGUCAUAGCAAGCAACAGUAGACUGAAGCAAGCCACCAUGAACAAAGAUGAAAUUGUCAUCGUCUCCGCCGCGCGGACUCCAAUUGGAUCCCUGAAUGGUUCCCUGUCCACGGUGCCUUUGCACGAGCUAUGUUCUGUGGUGAUCAAAGAUGUCCUAAAGCGGGCCGCGGUAAAUCCGGAAGAAGUUUCCGAGGUCAUCAUGGGCCACGUCCUGACAGCAGGUCACGGGCAGAAUCCAGCGCGUCAGGCCAGUGUGGGUGCGGGCAUUCCCUACUCGGUCCCGGCGUGGAGCUGCCAGAUGGUUUGUGGCUCCGGCCUGAAAGCUGUGUGUCUGGGGGCUCAGUCCAUCCAGACCGGAGAGUCCACGGUGGUAGUGGCAGGAGGCAUGGAGAGCAUGAGCAGGGCUCCUCACACGCUUCACAUGAGAGGCGGAGUCAAAAUGGGCGACGCCUCCCUUCAGGACUCAAUGGUGGCCGACGGUUUGACCGACGCUUUUCACGGCUACCAUAUGGGCAUCACAGCGGAGAAUGUGGCCAAGCAGUGGGACGUCAGUCGAGAGGCGCAGGACGUGUUUGCCGUCCGGUCGCAGAACAAAGUGGAAGCGGCGCAGAAAGCGGGACACUUCCUUCAAGAAAUUGUACCAGUUGUGGUUCAGUCCCGGAAAGGCGCUGUAGAAGUGAAAUCGGAUGAGUUCCCUCGGCACGGCAGCCAUCUUGACAGUAUGUCCAAGCUCAGGCCGUGCUUCGUUAAAGACGCCAGCGGCACCGUCACCGCCGGCAACGCCUCAGGUAUUAACGAUGGUGCGGCCGCCACCAUUCUCAUGAGCCAAUCGGAGGCCUCCAGGCGGGGCCUACAAGCCAUGGCCAGGAUCGUGUCGUGGGCUCAAGCCGGGCUCGAUCCAUCCAUCAUGGGCACUGGACCCGUACCGGCCAUCAGGAAAGCGGUUGAGAAGGCAGGAUGGCAACUGGAUCAGGUUGAUCUUUUUGAGAUCAACGAGGCCUUUGCCGCACAGUCAGUCGCUGUGGUUAAAGAGCUUGGACUCAAAGAAGAAAAGGUAAAUGUCAAUGGUGGUGCCAUUGCACUGGGUCAUCCCAUUGGAAUGUCAGGCUGCAGGAUUCUGGUAACGUUGCUGCACGCGCUACAGAGGACACAUGGAAAGAAGGGCGUGGCAUCCUUGUGCAUCGGUGGAGGGAUGGGCAUCGCCAUGUGUGUCGAGAGCCUUUGAUGCCAUGCCGAUGUUUAGUUUUUGGAAUGGAACAGCAGUGUUCACCUGCCAGAUACUAGUGACUUUGGAGCUCAAAUAGAUGCCUGCAUUAGAAGGGGGAGGAAAUACUACUGUAGUUUGUCUAACUUGUAAAUCAUGACUCGCACUGUAAAGCAUUGCUCUUGGGUAAGAGUGCUAUUUCUGGGAAAUCCUCAUUGUUUUGAAACUAACAUUCCAUUGUAGUUCCUGUAACAAAUGGACUCAAAACUAUAUCGUGCCAUAAACUUGCCUUAAUUAAAAUGUAUACUGUACUUGGGAUUCUCAAUUUUUGGGGGGUCAGUGCCAGUGUUGUUAAUAACGGCGUUACAAUAUAAUGGCGUUACUAACGGCGUUAUUUUUUUUCUGUAGUGGGUAAUCUAAUUAAUUACUUUUCUCAUCUUGGCAACGCCGUUACCGUUACUGAGGACGGAAAGGCAUGCGUUACUAUGCGUUACUAUAUUGGUCGAAAAGUCUGAGGGAGACGGACUCACCGAGUCGACAGAGCAGAGCAGGAGUGUGGAGGAGGCAAGAAAGUUGUGACGCCGAGCAAACGCGAUGCUAGGUAGCUCCAAUAAUACAUGUUGCAGCCGAUAGCCUGCAAACUACGCCCGCAUGUUAUGGUAGAUAUGGUAGACAUGGUAGAUAUCACAUGUACUGUAUGUAGAUAUAACUAGAUGCAAAAUGACAGACAUGGCACUAAAUGUGUUAGUAGACAGCCGCCAUCUUGAAGCAGUAGACUUUUUAGGACGGCUCUGUUGUAGAGAACCUUCCUAGCGAACCUAAGUAACUUUUUAUAUAAAAUACUUCUAAAUCGGCAAAAUCUUGACUUGAAUCUAUCUUUAAAUGAUGAAACAGUUUUAAAACUUUCAUAUGUCGAAAGUAGAGAGAAGGGAACUAAUGCAAUAAUGGGAGCAAUUCUAACAACUUUUAACAGUUGAUUCAGGGUAAAGAGUAAAUUAGGGUAAAGAAUUGGGCUCGGGCCAAUUGUACCAAAAAUCUUCACAAAAAACUUCACAUAGUGUGGCCAAUGUUUUUUUUUUUUUUUUUUUUUUUAAAUUGAGGAAAAAAGAAAAAAAAAGUAAUUAUCACCAAUUACUUUGCCAAGUAACUACCGUAAUUACUCUUACAUUCAGGUAAUUGAGUUACUAACGCAAUUACUUUUUGGGAGAAGUAAUUUGUAACUAUAAUUACUUUUUUUCAGUAAGAUUAACAACACUGGUCAGUGCUCAAAACGCUACAAUUUAAAGACGAUAUGUAUGAAUAAAAAUGUCGAUUCACAAAUUUUUGGAGCAAUACUUUUUGACUAGCCAUAUAAUUUUCCAAAAGUAAUUAUAUGUUGCAAUGAACAAGCCUUUUGUUCAAUGAUUGAAAACAUUUAUGCAGGGUUGUCUGAUGGGACGCAAUCAUAGAGCUUGCAAUAGUUCAAACUAAUUGGUUUAACAUGUAAGAAAUGUUUAUAAAUGAUACUUUUCAGCAGGUUGUGUU